CUAUUAGUGAGAUAAAACUUAUUAAUAGGUCUAUUAUAUCUAACAUUCAAGGUCAGACUCUUGUAUAAAAUUGCCCAUUAACUUGAGUUGAUGUUGUUAUAUAUCACCAGUUUCAUUCUUUGGAUGUCAGCAAAAAUGUACAUUUCAUUUAUUCUUUCACUGUUUUUCUUUACCAAUAUCGUAUUCGCUGAUGAAGAUCAUUCUCCCAGAAUAGUAAUUAUUGGAGCAGGUGUAUCAGGGAUUGGUGCAGCAUCAAGACUUCUAGAGAAUGGAUUUAAAAAUGUUACUGUUCUUGAAGCAGAAGAUAGAAUUGGUGGAAGAGUAUAUAGUGUGCAAAUGGGUGAUUAUAUGAUAGAUAUAGGAGGGCAAUGGGUUCAUGGUGAAGAACGGAAUGUAGUUUUUGAAUUAGUUUGGCCUCUGGGAGUUCUUGAAAAAUUUAAUGAUAGUGAAUACAAACGUACAGCAAUAUUAUAUGGUUCUUCAGGAGAAGUGAUACCACUUGAAACAACAUCUGAAAUUAUUAAAUAUCACUUACACUGUGUUGAAAAUAUACCUAAAGAUAUAAAAUCUAUAUCACUAGGAGAAUACAUGGAAAAUAAACUGGAAGAAUUUUUUAAAAAUCAUACCGAAAUAACUCCAGAACAACAGAGAGGAAUAGUUCAUUUUUUGAAUUUAUUCGAAAUGGGCUAUGAUGCAGCUGAUGAUUGGCAUCAAGUUUCAGCAGCUCGCAUAAGAGAUACUGCUGAUACUGGAGGAGAUCACGAUAUUAACUGGAAAAAUCGAACUUAUUCAUUUUUUUUGGAUAUCUUAAUGAAAAAGUACCCAAACCCAGAAGAAGCUUUACCAGUUGAAGAAAACACAAUGUUAAAUAGUAAAGUAACAAAGAUUCAAUAUGAUUCAAGUGAUGGAUCCAAGAAAGUUAUAACUAAAGAUGGAAAAGAAUAUCCAGCUGAUCAUAUCAUCUGGACUGGAUCUCUUGGGGUUCUAAAAGCUGAUCAUGAAAAAAUAUUCGAUCCACCCUUACCACAAUCUAAGGUUACAGUAAUCGAGAAUCUUGGUAUGGGCCAUGUUGCUAAACUUUUCUUAUAUUUUGAAAAUCCUUGGUGGGAUUAUACAGCUCACUUCAAAGGAAUUUUUUGGACUGAUGCUGAUAAGAAAGAAAUAGAAAACGAUCCUGCAAAAAAAUGGCUCCUUUUAGUCUACAGUGUUGUGCCAGUAGAACAUAAACCUAAAUUAUUAUGUCUUUGGUUAACUGGUUCCUACGUACCAGAAAUGGAAUUGAUUGAUGAUGAUAUUCUCCGUAACAGUACAUUAUGGUUCUUAAAUAAAUUUUUCGGUCAUUCUUAUAAUCUUACUGAAUUGUCAUUAAUGAGAAGAAGUCAAUGGAAUACCAAUGAAAACUUCAGAGGCACAUAUAGCUUUCCUAGUAUAGAUAGUGAAAAAACCAACAGUCAUCCCGAAAACCUCGCAGAACCAAUAAUAAAAGACGGAAAACCUAGCCUUCAAUUUGCUGGAGAAGCCACAUCAGAGUAUUAUGGAACAGUUAAUGGAGCACUUGGUGCUGGUUGGCGUGAAGCUGAUCGUUUAAUAAAUCUUUAUAAACCGUCUCCAAAAAUUGUCAUUAUUGGAGCUGGACCAGCUGGUAUUGCUGCGGCGUCCAUGCUGUUUGAAAAAGGGUUCAAAGAUGUUAAGAUUCUAGAAGCUGAAAAUCGAAUUGGUGGACGAGUUUACAGUGUGAAAUUCGGAGACUACAUGAUAGACCUUGGUGGCCAAUGGGUUCAUGGUGAAGAAGACAACAUUUCAUUUGAAUUAGCUUGGCCUUUAGGUCUUUUGGAGCACUUCAAUGAUACGGGAUACAACAGAAACGUAAAACUGUUUUCUUCAGGGGGAGAAGAAAUAUUUCCUGACAUAGCUACCGAUAUGAUAGAAUAUCACAUUGGUUCUCUUGAAAACUUAAAUGAAAAAUUAGAAAAUGAAACAGCAGAUUCAUUAGGCGAUUUUCUGGAUAAAAAGUUCAAUGAGUACUUUCAAAAUCAUCCCGAAAUAACUCCAGAGCAACAAAAAGCUAUUCUUUGGUUCAUGAAUCUUUUCCAAUUAGCUUUGCAUUCAGCUCCCGAUUGGCAUCUACUUCCUUUGAAACAAUUAGCAAAGUCAUCUGAUUGUAAAGGAGAUCAAGGAAUCAAUUGGAAAAACCGAACAUAUUCAACUAUUUUGGAUAUCUUAAUGAAAAAGUUUCCAAACCCAAAAGAAGCUUUACCAGUUGAAGAAAACACAAUGUUAAAUAGUAAAGUAACAAAGAUUCAAUAUGAUUCAAGUGAUGGAUCCAAAAAAGUUAUAACUAAAGAUGGAAAAGAAUAUCCAGCUGAUCAUAUCAUCUGGACUGGAUCUCUUGGGGUUCUAAAAGCUGAUCAUGAAAAAAUAUUCGAUCCACCCUUACCACAAUCUAAGGUUGCAGCAAUCGAGGCUCGAGCUAUCGGUGGUGUAGCAAAAAUUUUCUUUUACUUCGAAAACCCAUGGUGGAUGGACGGUUCUUACUUGAAAGGAAUGAUUUGGACGGAUGCUGAUCGCAAAGAAAUUGAAAAUGAUCCCACCAAGAAAUGGAUGCUUUCUGUAUAUCAAAUAAUACCAGUAGAGAAUAAACCAAAACUUCUUUGUGUCUGGCUGACUGGACCCUACAUCAAAGAUAUGGAAAUUCUUCCUGAAGAUGUUGUUCGUAAUGAAACACUUGGAUUAUUAAAUAGGUUCUUUGGCAAAACAUAUAAUGUAACUGAGCCUUCUUUGAUGAUAAGAAGCCAAUGGAUGACUAAUGAGAACUUUAGAGGAACUUACAGUUAUCCUACCAUGGAAAGUGAAAAAUUGAACAUUGAUCCUAUUGAUCUUGGAGAACCAAUCAUGAAAGAUGGAAAGCCUAAUUUACAAUUUGCUGGUGAAGCUACUGCCCAAUAUUACGCGACUGUCCACGGUGCUAUUAAUUCUGGUCAACGAGAAGCACAACGAAUUGUGGACUUAUAUUCACCUUCAUCAAGAAUAAUCAUUGUUGGAGCAGGCGCAGCAGGAAUUGCAGCAGCGUCUAAACUUUUUGAAAAUGGAUUUAUAAAUGUUACAAUUCUAGAAGCGGAAAAUAGAAUUGGUGGUAGAGUAUAUACAAUUAAUAUAGGUGAAUAUUUAGUUGACAUGGGAGGCCAAUGGGUACAUGGAGAAAAAAAUAAUAUAGCAUUCGAAUUAGCUUGGCCUCUGGGUUUACUAGAAAGAUUUGGUCACAACAAUACAAUGAAGACCUUUGCAUCAUCAGGAUCAAUAAUAUCUGAUGACAUGAUUGAAGGAGUAAUCAAUUUUCACACUAAUAUAUCUGCUGAUUUAAGAGUUAUUAACAACUUAACAACUAAAUCAUUUGGUGAAUAUGCAGAACUAAGAUUUGCUAAUUAUUUUAAAAAUCAUCCAGAAAUCAAGAUAGAAGAACAAGAAUCACUGCUUUUUUUACUCAAUUUAAUAGAAAUGGCAGCAGAUGGUGGAGAUGAUUGGUUUGAAGUAUCUGCUAAAGGAUUGCAUUUCUAUAAAUAUUGUGAAGGUGAUCUAGAUAUUAAUUGGAAAGAGCGAACUUAUGGGACAAUUUUAGAUAUUCUUAUGAAACGAUACCCCAAUCCAGAAGAAGAACUUCCUGUAUUAAACAAUACAAUAUUGAAUAGUAAAGUGAUAAAAAUAAAUUAUAAUGUCAGUAAUGGAUCUAAUAAAAUUAUUACUGAAGAUGGAAAAGAAUAUUUUGCUGAUCAUGUAAUUUUCACUGGAUCCUUAGGAGUAUUAAAAUCAGAUCAUGAAACAUUAUUCGAUCCGUUAUUAUCAGAAAAGAAAAUCAAUACUAUUAAGAAUCUUGGAAUGGGACAUGUAGCUAAAAUUUAUUUAUAUUAUGAAAAUCCUUGGUGGAUGGAUGGUAUUUAUGCAAAGAUGUUAUAUUGGACCAAUUCUGACAGGAAAAAAAUGGAAAAAGAUGAUAACACAAGAUGGAUGCUAGGAGUUUAUGGAAUUAUUCCAAUUGAACACAAACCUAAAUUACUGUGUCUUUGGAUGAGCGGAAUUCAUUCAAGAGAAAUGGAGUUAAUUCCUGAUGAGUUAUUCCGUAAUCAGACUUUAGAACUGAUCAAAAGAUUUUUUGGACAACACUAUAACAUUACUGAACCAUCAGUAAUUAAAAGGACCACAUGGAAUUCAAACGUAAAUUUCAGAGGUACUUACAGUUUUCGUAGCGUUGCAUCAGAAUCAGCUGAUGUUUAUGCUGAAGAUCUUGCUGAACCAAUUAUGAAAGAUUCAAAACCAAUCCUUCAAUUUGGUGGUGAAGCUACUGACCAAUAUUAUUCAACAGUUCAUGGAGCAAUCGAUUCAGGCUUUCGUGAAGCUAAUCGAUUGAUAAGCUUUUAUGCACAAAAAAAAGAUAAUGAACAAUAAUAUUUCUGACUUUGCUAACAUAGAUAAUUAUUUUUGUAGAAAAAAUGUUUAUAAAUUUCUAUAUAUAUACUAUGUGUAUGAUUUAAACAUGAUAGCGUAAAAAAUUUUUAGCCUGUAUUUGGCCACUAUCAUAAGCACCGUGAGUUGUGGAAUAAAAGUUAUCAUGUGUUGCUUCUCCCGCAAACAUUAAUACAGGAACAUUCUGAAUAGAAUGAAAAAUAUAAAAUUCAAUUAUCAAAAAGAACAUUUAAUAUGAGUAAUAAAAAUUAAAAAAAAAAAUUUACCUUUA